GCUCGAACUGAUGAUGAAGUGGUGUUGCAUCAUGCAGGAUGUACUGGUGAGAUGAAUGGGUGAAUAUGACGCUUUUCAGAAAGGAGGACUGAUAUUUUUUGGACCGAAUUCGGCUCUUAAAAGCGAGAACCAAGUGAGAUCGUAUUCAGUUGUACAGGGGCAGCGGUAGCGGCUUUGCAGAUAAAAACACCGCCACUGGGAAAAGGACUGGGUUGCAUUAAACUAGCAUUUCCUAAAAGCACUGGGACUGCGCUCUGUUCACAUGUCUAACCUGAAGAAGAGAAGCUUGGUGAAGGAGCAAGGGGAAACAGAUGGUCAGGUGAAGGACAGUAUGUUAACAGCACAUGAGAAUGGGGAGCCGGGGCUGUCCCCGGACAGGGACAGCUUCCCGGCCACCCAGGAGCAGCCAACGGACUCGGACAUGGUCCUGAAGCGAACCAUCACCCUGCGGAGCGGCGUGGCCAUCAUCGUGGGGACCAUUAUCGGCUCGGGGAUCUUCAUCACACCGACCGGGGUGGUGCGGGAGGCGGGCUCGGUGGGUUUCUCCCUGAUCAUCUGGGCAAUGUGCGGCGUCUUCUCCACAGUCGGGGCGCUCUGCUACGCCGAGCUGGGCACCACCAUCGUCAAGUCCGGCGGCGACUACGCCUACAUCCUCGAGGUGUACGGCUCAGUGGUGGCCUUCCUCAAGCUCUGGAUCGAGUUGCUCAUCAUCCGGCCCAGCUCGCAGUACAUCGUGGCACUGGUCUUCGCCACUUACAUCAUCAAACCCUGCUUUCCCGACUGUGCGGUGCCCGAGAAUGGAGCCAAGUUAGUGGCUUGUCUCUGCAUCUUGUUUUUGACAGCAAUUAACUGUUAUAGCGUGAAGGCAGCUACAAGAGUACAAGAUAUUUUUGCUGCAGCUAAGUUGUUGGCUCUAGCUGUUAUCAUCAUUUUGGGCUUUGUGCAGAUUUUUAAAGGUAGGUGUGGAACAUAUUUGUUCCUCAAUCAGCUUGUUGCUAUUACAUCUUUCUGAGACUACAUUGUAUCA